CUUUCAUUCAAUGGUCAGGACGAUCGUGUUUAUCUUGUUUAAACUACAGAGGGGGUCGAGGUCUGUAAGGAUGUCCGUUUGGCAUGGCGAACAACUUCGGCAAAGUCUUUACAACUUAACUCCUAGAUGGUAUCGCGUGUGACACGCCAACCAAACAGCGCAUAAAGUGAUGAGGAAAGAAACACCUAAUGAUUUGAAACGUUCACGUUUAACGAACGGAAAGCAAUGGAUACGGGUGACGGGGAGAGGAGACGGACAAAAAGCCUCCGCGCCUACCGAAGAAAUGGAGUCCAAAAUGCGAAGAUGAAAAGCGAAGUGGAGGAAAAAGUUUUGAAAACGGUGGCCACGGAGGAUAUGAAGGUUUCGGUGCAGAAAAGCUGCUUUCCCGACGGUGUAACAAAGACCGGUACAGCUGGGCGGAGGCUGGGCCCACGCUAUAGUCUGCUGCGGGAGGUGGGAAGGGGUAGCUAUGGCGUGGUAUAUGAGGCCGUAGCCCGCAAGUCCGGAGCCAAGGUAGCAGUAAAGAAAAUCCGCUGUGACGCCCCCGAAAACGUGGAACUAGCACUGGCAGAAUUUUGGGCCCUGGCGAGUCUAGAACGGCGACACGAGAACGUGGUGCAGCUAGAGGAGUGCGUUCUGCAGAAAAACGGAAUGGCCCAGAAAAUGAGCCACGGCAAUAAGCAGUCGGAGCAGUAUCUGCGGCUUGUGGAGACGUCUCUCAAAGGGGAACGAGUUUUGGGCUACCCAGAAGAACCGUGUUACCUGUGGUUUGUCAUGGAGUUCUGCGAAGGAGGGGAUCUAAAUCAGUUUAUUUUAUCUAGGAGACCAGAUCCAGUGACCAACACUAGUUUCAUGUUACAGCUCACAAGUGCUGUUGCUUUCCUGCACAAGAACAAUAUUGUUCACAGAGACCUGAAACCAGACAAUAUUCUUAUCUCUGAGAAGUCAGGGUUUCCUGUUCUUAAAGUUGCAGACUUUGGACUUAGUAAAGUUUGUGCAGGGUUUGGUGGUAGAGGCAAAGAAGGUGAAAAUGGUAACAAAAAUGUUAAUGUGAACAAAUUUUGGUUGUCAUCAGCUUGUGGCUCUGAUUUUUAUAUGGCUCCAGAAGUGUGGGAAGGCCACUACACUGCUAAAGCGGACAUCUUUGCUCUUGGCAUUAUAAUAUGGGCCAUGAUCGAAAGAAUAACUUUCAUUGAUGCUGAGUCAAAAAGGGAGCUCCUUGGCACAUACAUUAGACAAGGUACAGAGAUUGUGCCAGUUGGAGAAGCGCUGCUAGAAAACCCAAAGAUGGUACUGCACAUCCCUCAGAAACGGAGGACUUCCAUGUCAGAUGGGAUUAAACAGCUACUGAAGGACAUGUUGGCUGUCAAUCCUCAAGAUCGACCAGAUGCCUUUGAGCUGGAGACGCGAAUGGACCAGAUUACGUGUGCUGCUUGAAUUCAGAUGCUGAAUGAGAAGACUUUAAACUUAAUUCAGAAAUGUUUACCAUGGACCCAAGAUUCCAAGAGAUUUGAAGGCGAAGAAAAGGGAUAUACUGUAAAUGUGUGAUCCACUGAAAUUCAAUUUAAUGUCUAUCAUGUUUUUGUUAUGAGGGGAUCGGGAGGGAUAGUUACUUUGGUGUCUUUGAAAACAAGCUUAACAUCCCCUAUGCAAGAAAGAGGCCCUGCACAGAGAAAGCUAGAAUUUGACAUGGUUUGGACAUUGUCUUAUACUAUGCCAUUUAGUGCACAGAAUUGAUGUGGUUGCUUUUUAUCAAAAAGUGUUUACAAAACAGAAACCAGUAAGAAAUUUUCAGUUGGUAAUAUUGAAGCAUUUUCCACUGGCAAAAACUGUGUGGCCUUUCAAAUUGGAUUUGCAUUUCUGCCUCUUGUCCUACCUGUCACAUUUUUGUAUUGUUUAAAUUAUUACCUUCUGCAUUCCUUGAAGAGCUGCUGCUGUUGUUCUUUCUUUCUAAACUUUGCUGAUUGUUUUAUUCAGGCUGUGUUUUGUUUAAUUUGUGAACACAGUAAAAAGGCUCAAGAAUUAAGAAAACCUAUGUUGCAUUACAGUCUUUCUGUAUUUACGAAUUUCAGCACAUCUGAUGAUAAUGCACUGUUUUUAAGAUUUCAGGCUAUUUUUUUUUCCUCAAAUGUAUACUUGCAAAGGAUAUGAACUUUAGCUUCAAAGCAGAUUCAAAUUUCUGUAGCAUUGUUUUAUAAAGUGGAGAUUUAUGAAGGCAACACCUAACAGUUCAGGAGUUUAAAGCCCUGUUGACAUCAUGUACUUAAGCUUCUCUGCGACAGAAGAUAACUCUCUAAUACGUAGUCACUCCAAAAACGACCCGCUGUCCUUGCCACAGUACCAACUAUGGCUAAUAUUCUCUGCAAUUAACAUAAAAUAUAUGACAGUUUUUUGAAAAAGUUUAAUAUGUAAGCAGCCUUAGUAAAACUAACAGCAAAUUGUGUGAAUUUUUGUAGUGCCUUACAUAUUUAUUUAAAUGCUGCUUUGUUGUAAAACAGAUAAUAUCCCUUUGAGAUUAAAGUUCUUGUUUUUUGUAAACAUUACUAGUUCAAGAGAAAAA